AAUAGGACAGGUCCCUGUCAUUUGAGCUUGCUUUGUGUCAUGGAGGGUAGCUCCAUGAUGCAUAGAGGCUGGAUGGCCUGCCUACAGGCUUUGAGAGCGGUGGGGUAUGUGGGACACAUGGGCCCAGGGAAAGGAAGGGACUCAAAGAAUGAAUAACUCUGGGUCAAGGGAGAGGGCCAGCACAGCACUGCUUCCUCCGCCCACACCCUGAGGCUGAGAGUAACUGGUCCCCACCCACCUGCCCUGGCUUUGGAAGAUAAAAGUGGAGCAUCCAGGCUGCCAGACUAAGAGCAGGUGUGUCUUACUCCUCCUCCGACUGAUUCUCAGCGAGACUGGGAGGGACUUCUGAGCCCGGUAGGCCCACUGAUGAGGCCAUGGUGGGGGGAAAUGGUGAUUCCCACAACCCAGGGGGGAUGGAUUGGCCAGGGACCACUCCCUCUCUAGCUUUCUCCACAUCACCUGGAAGGCAGGAGAGCCAGGAGGCAACCUAUGGAGGGUCUCCCAAGUGCCAGGCUCUGUCAGAAAAGUCCUGCGGGCUGAGUGAUCCAACCCCCUCCAGGGCUGGCAUCCCCCAGGGCAGCACCCCUGCCAGGCUCUGGAUUCAGAAGAACCCAUGUCCAGUGGUCUCUGCUCUGCCUUUUACUGGUCAUGUGUCUUUGUGUGGAUCUUUCCACAUUCCCUGAGUUUCCUUUUCCUCGACGGUAAAAGGACUCCUGAUUCAAGGUGCACUUGAGAAUUAAAGGACCUCCGAGGACUAGGCCUGGCACACAGAAGGUGCACAGGCCUGGCCUCCGUGUUCUCCAACCGCACAUCCCGGAAGUCGGCCUCACGCACGGACAGCGACAACAUGGCCGACGGCGAGGGCUACCGGAACCCCACGGAGGUGCAGAUGAGCCAGCUGGUGCUUCCCUGCCACACCAACCAGCGUGGGGAGCUGAGCGUCGGGCAGCUGCUCAAGUGGAUCGACGCCACCGCCUGCCUGUCGGCGGAGAGGCAUGCAGGGUGCCCCUGUGUCACAGCCUCCAUGGAUGACAUCUAUUUUGAGCACACCAUUAGUGUUGGACAAGUGGUGAAUAUCAAGGCCAAGGUGAACCGGGCCUUCAACUCCAGCAUGGAGGUGGGCAUCCAGGUGGCCUCUGAGGACCUGUGCUCUGAGAAGCAGUGGUGUGUGUGCAAGGCCUUAGCCACCUUUGUGGCCCACAGGGAGCUCUCCAAGGUGAAGCUGAAGCCAACCCUGCCACGGACCGAAGAGGAGAAGACGGAGCACAGUGUGGCGGCCGAGCGCCGGCGCAUGCGGCUGGUCUACGCCGACACCAUCAAGGACCUCCUUGCCAAUUGCGUCAUUCAGGACGAUCUGGAGAGCAGAGACUGUAGCCACAUGGUGCCGGCCGAGAAGACGCGGGUGGAGAGUGUGGAGCUGGUCCUGCCCCCCCACGCCAAUCACCAGGGCAAUACUUUUGGGGGCCAGAUCAUGGCCUGGAUGGAGAACGUGGCCACUAUUGCAGCCAGCCGGCUCUGCCGUGCCCACCCUACCCUGAAGGCCAUUGAGAUGUUCCACUUCCGGGGCCCAUCCCAGGUUGGGGACCGUCUGGUGCUCAAGGCCAUCGUGAACAACGCCUUCAAGCACAGCAUGGAGGUGGGCGUGUGUGUGGAGGCCUACCGCCAGGAGGCCGAGACCCAUCGGCGGCACAUCAACAGCGCCUUCAUGACCUUCGUGGUCCUGGGGGCAGAUGACCAGCCUCAGAUGCUGCCCUGGAUUCGGCCCCAGCCUGGGGAUGGCGAGCGGCGGUACCGAGAAGCCAGUGCCAGGAAGAAGAUCCGCCUGGACAGGAAGUACAUCGUGUCCUGUAAGCAGGCGGAGAUGCCCCUCUCUGUCCCCUGGGAUCCUAGCAACCAGGUGUACCUGAGCUACAACAACGUCUCCUCCCUGAAGAUGCUCGUGGCCAAGGACGAUUGGGUGCUGUCCUCGGAGAGCAACCAGGUCCGCCUGUACACUCUAGAGGAGGACAAGUUCCUCUCCUUCCACAUGGAGAUGCUGGUGCACGUGGACACAGCCCAGGCCUUCCUGCUGCUCUCUGACCUCCGCCGGAGGCCUGAGUGGGACAAGCACUGCCGGAGCGUGGAGCUAGUGCAGCAGGUGGACGAGGAUGAUGCCAUCUACCAUGUCAUCAGCCCCGCCCUCGGUGGUGACCCCAAGCCCCAGGACUUCAUCAUCCUGGCCUCUCGACGGAAGCCUUGUGACAUCGGGGAACCCUAUGUCAUUGCGCUGAGGUCAGUUACGCUGCCCACGCACCGUGAGACCCCAGAGUACCGGCGUGGGGAGACUGUCUGCUCAGGUUUCUGCUUCUGGCGCGAGGGGGACCAGUUAACCAAGGUGUCUUACUACAACCAGGCCACCCCGGGCGUUCUCAAGUAUGUGACCACCAAUGUGACCGGCCUCUCCUCUGAGUUCUACACCACCUUCAAGGCUUGUGAACAGUUCCUCUUGGACAACCGGAAUGACCUGGCCCCCAGCCUCCAGACCCUCUAAGCAUCCUCCCUG